GUAAACUCUGGUGUGAUGCCUGCAUAACAUUACGCUCUAUUAUCUAAUAGAGUCGCUGGCCAAUUUAAUAUUUUAAAUAAUUUUUAAUUUUUCUCAUUUUUUUAAAUAAUUUAAAAAAGAAUUUAUAUUAUAUUAUUGAGUUAUUUUAGUUUUUCCAUGAUGAAAACGAAUUAUGAGCCAACAAAAAUCCACUAAUGUCACCUACCAGGCUCACCACGUCUCCAGAGACAAGAGAGGUCAAAUUAUGGGCCAGAGAGCCGGUUUCCGAGGGUGUACCAUUUGGUUCACAGGACUGUCGGGUGCUGGCAAGACGACCAUUUCUUUUGGAGUGGAGGACUACCUGUGUUCCUUUGGUAUCCCUGCCUACGCUCUAGACGGCGAUAAUGUGAGACAUGGCCUGAACAAGAACUUGGGUUUCAGUCCUGAAGACAGGGAGGAAAACAUCAGGAGAGUAGCCGAAGUAGCUAAGUUGUUUGCCGACAGUGGAGUGAUAGCGCUGUCCAGUUUCAUUAGUCCUUUUGCAAAAGACAGAAACCAGGCUAGACAAAUUCACGAAGAAGCUGGCCUAACUUUCAUUGAGUGUUUUGUGGAUACUCCACUGGAAGUAUGUGAACAAAGAGAUGUUAAAGGAUUAUAUAAGAAAGCUAGAGCUGGAGAGAUCAAAGGUUUUACUGGAAUUGAUUCAAGCUAUGAAAAGCCCGAUCAUCCUGAUAUUCACAUUAAAGCAGGAGAAUUGUCUGUCCAAGAUUCUGUACAAAAAGUCAUAAGGUUGCUUUUAGAUAAAGGCAUCAUCCCAGAAUCUGUGCUGGACAAUGUAAAAGAACUCUUUGUAGUGAACAGUCAAGUAGCACGAGCAAAGGCAGAAGCAGAAACCUUGCCUUCUGUAGAAAUAAGUCCUGUAGACCUUCAGUGGGUUCAAGUACUUGCCGAAGGAUGGGCUACUCCCUUGAAAGGAUUCAUGAGAGAGAGGGAGUAUCUUCAGUGCCUUCAUUUUGGAUGCUUAUUGGAUGGAGGAGUCACCAAUCAGUCCAUUCCUAUUGUACUUCCCAUUUCCACUGAAGACAAAGAACGCCUGUUUGAUGUAUCUGCAUUUGCACUUCGCUACAAUGGAAAUUGUGUAGCCAUCCUUAGAAAUCCAGAAUUCUUUGAACAUCGCAAGGAAGAAAGAUGCUCCCGUCAAUUCGGGACAAGUAAUAAAGGGCAUCCUUAUGUCAAGAUGGUUUAUGAAAGUGGUGAUUGGCUUGCUGGUGGGAAUUUAGAAGUUUUGGAAAGAAUCAGACAGAAUGAUGGUUUAGAUGAGUAUCGUCUUACACCCAAUGAACUUAGAGCAAAAUUUAAACAAAUGGGAGCUGAUGCUGUUUUUGCCUUCCAACUGAGGAACCCAGUCCAUAAUGGCCAUGCUCUGCUCAUGCGAGAGACGAAAAAACAACUUAUUGAGCGAGGCUACAAGAAGCCAGUUUUGCUUCUUCAUCCUUUAGGCGGUUGGACCAAAGAUGAUGAUGUCCCCUUGAAAGUGAGAAUAGCUCAGCAUAAAGCUGUUCUAAGCGAAGGAGUAUUGGAUCCAGAAUCGACAAUUCUUGCCAUAUUCCCUUCUCCCAUGAUGUAUGCUGGACCUACUGAGGUUCAAUGGCAUGCCAAAGCUAGGAUGUCUACAGGUGCCAAUUUCUACAUUGUAGGAAGGGAUCCUGCCGGAAUGCCCCAUCCAGAUACUAAGAAAGAUCUUUAUGAACCUACACAUGGAGCUAAAGUUUUGACGAUGGCUCCUGGCCUUACACAGCUGGAAAUCAUUCCUUUCCGUGUUGCAGCUUAUGAUUUGACCAAAAAGCAGAUGGCUUUGUUUGAUCCCAACCGUAAACAGGACUUUGAAUUUAUCUCUGGAACAAAGAUGCGUUACUUAGCACGCAAUAAUCUGCAGCCUCCAGAUGGUUUUAUGGCACCCUCAGCGUGGAAGGUCCUCUCUGAAUAUUACAAAUCCCUCUCGGACAAGUCAUAAUGUCAACUUCACCCUAAAAUUUUAUCCUCACAGUCUAACCUCGAUUCUCUGUAUGAGGUUUUAGUUUCCUUUUUUUUUUUAACUUUUUUUUUCCUGGUCGUUUCUGAAAUAUUAUCCUUAACUUCAAUGCUUUUGCUGUUUAUAUUAGACUUUGAAGUUUAACUCUUGUUGACUUGAUGAGAUUAAAAUUUGAUAUUGAAAAAGGUAGCACUUGUUUGUAUCUAUAAAAGGCACAUUAAAAGAAAACGCUGUGUGGUUUUUGCUGUAUGUGGCAGAAUUAUACCAGUGUUAUUAUUAUUAUUGUUGAUAUUGUUGUUACUAUUACUGACUCUCUUUUUAUUCUUUUGUAUUGCUGAAUUCAGCACAUGAAAAGUGGUUGAAUAUAUUUCAGGCAUUGUUUUCUUUUAUUUGACAUCUUCACUUAAAUUUUCAAAUAGAGUUAAUCGAAUUUUUUUAUUAGUUUAAUAGUUAAGACUCAGAUAUUCAGUAUCUAGAACAAAAGUUUAUGUUUAUGUACUUUCUAUGUGGUAUACUUAUUAUUUACAUUUUAUCAAGUGUUUUAUGCAUAUGCUUCUUGCGAAUGCUGAUAUUUUGUUUUAUUAGUGUAUUUAUUUUUACCAUUGCAGAAAAUCGAGGUUUAACUGAUUCUUAUGUGCCGCAAAAGGCUGUAAAUUGUUAAAUAAAUGAUCACACAAAUUUUAUAUUUGGCAGACGAAUAUUAUUACUGUGGCAUAUGAAUAUAUUUUGUGAAUAAUUGUCGUGUGCUUGUUCUAUCUUUGAUAAUUUAAAAAUUUCUCUACUUUUCAAGCUAGUCAAGCUUAUGAUAUUUAAAGAAACCAGUAUUUUUAUAAUUGAAAAAAAUGAUCUCCUAUUUAUUUGGGAAAUCUUAAAAGAAAAUUUAAAUCCUCUCAAUUUAGCUAUCUCUAUAUAUUCCAGUUAAAAAAGAGUAAGCAGAGAUUGUUCUAAAUAUCAAAAAACGUUGUAAACAUUAAAUUAAUUUAUAUUAUUUUCAAUGAAUAGCUAUUAAACAAUUUUUCCAUGGUUAUUUCUGUACAAGAGGAGAUAGAAAAUGAAGGUUCAAGAAUAAAUUUUUUAGUAAUAUAUAAUAUAUAUAAUUAUAAUUUCAAAA